GUGUUGCGUACGAAAAUAGAUUGUGUAUAUAUGACCGACGGAGAAGCAAGCAAGCGGUCAAUGAUUGGAAAUUGCUUUUAUGCAGUAAAUAAUUACGGUGAAUGUAGAUGCUUAUAUGGUCGACGGAUCUGUUGUGUGUGAAUCAAGCAAGCAAAAAAAAACUACCGAAACUAGUUACUACCAAACGUUAACUAUCCUAGAAUUGGAAAAUGUUCGAUUCGAUUCGAUAGAAACGGAUUUCAAAAUUCGACUGCGAAAACAAAAUGAAUGGUUGUAGAACCUUGCGUGCAUUCGGUUCCGUUCCCCGGCGAUUAAUUCGGAAUUGUUCAAAUGGAAUUUUUGCCGACGUUUUCUAUUUUCGUUUGGCUCAGGGUACCCAUUCGACUGUCAGACAUCGAUAAUCUGCUUCAAGACAGUAUUUUCGAAUCUUCAAAUGGAGCCAGAUUGGUGGAGUAUAUUAAAAAGAAACGAACGGGAGGCCGUAUGCGUUUGCACAACAUUUUCGAACAGGUCGCUGCUACAGCGAGACGGCCACAGUUCAAUUUCGACAAUGACACCUCGGAUCCACAUCCGCUGCCAAACACACCGGAAGACGUUAUUCCAUGCACUCAGAAUGAAGAUGCGAUGGAAGGUCCGUCAUCGUCUCCGGAAGCAGGACCGGUUUCGGAAGGGGCCGCGAAUGGUGGAAAUGAAGUACCGACCGCCGCGAUUGUGACAGAAGAAGGCGCUGGAUGCGGAAGCAAAUCUGUUCCCAAAUCGCCGGCAGUAAGCCUUGCCCGUCAGGUAAUGAUAAACCAGUAUCACCGCACAAACGCUGCCAAGUGCGAGUUGUUGAAGCAGCUCGCGUCCAGUACCCCGAAACCCGAUGGGAACGAUGCACUCAGUCGAAUAUCGACAUUCACAACGUCAAUCUCACCGAUUUUGGAACGAGAUUCGCCACCAAUUGUAAACCCUCAUGAGUUACUACAAACAGUUGUGCCACCCGAACCGGUAGAAACAGUGGAAAUACCCAUCUCAAUAGAAGAGGAGCCCGAUGUGGCUGACGUUCAUCAGAUACUGGCCCCAUGCUCACAAGCUGUGCCAGGGCAUAGCACCCCAGCGAAGGUAAUCGUGGUACGAACACUGGCAGAUGCUGUACAAUUGACAGCGCUGGAAAAACAAAAUCGCCCGCCGUCGCCAGAUGUUAUUGUUCCGGAGACACCGAGUCCACCGAAAGACAUUACCGAAUCUCCCAAAGUAAUUCCGCAUCCGCCAAUCCAGCCACGAAAACUCAGCACUACUUUCCACAUACUGGAAAAUGGCCUCUCUCGACCGGCCGAAGACAUCAUGACCUCCGACGAAAGUGAACCGAUCGACGCGAGUUAUCAGGAAGGCGACUCGACGCCGCCUAAUGUUAGCAAUAAUGUAUCAGGUCUGAGAAGUAUUCUCAAAGAUGCCGAUGUGUCACUGCGAAGACGAACCUCAUUCCGGGUGUCUUUUUCCAAACAGCUAGUGGAACAACGCGAAAUCUCUCCCGCUCCGUCUAUACCGGAAGCCUACUAUUCCCAUUCCGACGAAGAAUCCAAUGAAAGCGACUUCGACGAGGCAGACUUCGAGGUCGUCGAUGAGGUGUUCAGCGAUGAAAGCGUCGAGGGUGAGGAGGAUUCGGAAAGUUGCCAACAGCAGCAGGAUGAUAUGGAGGAAAUUCGUGCAAAUCUGGAGAAAAGUUUUGCUGAUGUUCCGGAGCGUCCCGGAUCUCCUCUUAUCAAUGUGGUCGACGAAGAACCGGCAACUUGGUUCGGUGCUGUGACACCGUCCUGUGUGCACAAAGACGACAAAACCAAUCUCCAGCUGGUCGAUAUUAUCACCGACUGGGACGACGAGGAGGAUGACGAGGCUGAACAGGAUUCUGGCAAUCUACCGGAGGAAAUACCGGAAACACAACCAUCACAGCAACAUUCAAAUCAAACAAAUCGUGAUGCGCUGGAUAUCAGCUCAAGCAAUUUGGAAGUAUCUGCGGAUCGUUUGGUUGACCUACCUUCACCAAUGCCGGCAGUCAACGAUACCUUGAGUGAAGAAGCUAUGCCCUCCACACCGAUUGGACCCUUACCUCCGCCGUCACAGUUUACCGAUUCGGCAAAGCGUCGAUUCAUACAAGAAAACGAGGAAAAUGUCAUCAAUCGACUUCAGAGUGAAAUGCCUAGCUUGCAGCCGGAACACUCUGAGGAAUCGGGCGACGUUGCGAACAAAACAUUCGAGAAGGUAUCGGAAACGCUAGUCGAAAUAGCUCAAUCAUUUCGUGGUCAAGCUCCACCGCCACCUCCGGUUGUCGUGGUUGAUCCCCCAACGACUGAACCGACCGAUCGGAAAACUAUUGUACCUCAGAAAAGAGGGCGGAAGCCGAUGCCCGCCUCCGAUCCUGCUACGACAUCGUAUUUUGAAAAUUUAGAACUAACGUACGCCAAACCAGCAUCGAAUGCAGUGGCGGCAUCGAAACGUAAACUCUAUGUCGAACCGAAGCCAAAGAAUGGAAGCUCGCCGAUAAGUAGUGCUCCGUCUAACAAUGACAUCAAUGAAGUUACCUCGGAGAUACGAAAUCUUAAAGUGGUCGUUCAGAAGUUAAAUGUGCAGCAGUAUAUGCCAAUGUCUGUGGAUGUGAGCCCAGAACAACUUAAUGCUCACGGAGGAGAGGAGGAUGACAGCAUGAAUGAAGCAACGGAGCAGGAGACAGUUGAAACCAACGAACCUAUAGCUAAUGGAAAUAUCGAACAGGUUCCGGAAGUCGAAGAAUCACUCGUUUCUGAGCAAUCCCAAGACCAUGACAUGACAGAACAAUCAGUUUCGAUGGAUGUGUCUCAAGAGCAGUCCACAAUUGAAAACGAUGUGUCCCAAGAGGAGUCCAGAGCUGAUAUCGAUGUGUCCCAAGAGGAGUCCACAGCUGAUAAUGAUGUGUCGGAAGAGCAUUCCAUGACUGAUAACGAUGUGUCGCAAGAGGAAUCGAAUGAAUAUGAAACAGCAGACAGUACUGCUGGUAACAUUCAAAGUGAGGAAGAACAACAAUCAAUGGAAGACACUGAGCUACCGAACGAUACAUCUGAGGAUGCUACGAUCAUAAACAAUGCGGAAACGGAGCAAGAAAUUGUAAACACAGCUCAACCAGUUGAGCCUGAAGUGGUGGAUGUCGAAGAUUCUCCUGCAGAAGAAGAACCGAAGACCGGUCCGACAAAGAAAGCUCGAUCCAAACCCAAACAGGUGCCAGUGGAAAUCAGUGAGCAACCGGAUGUUCAAGAUAAAGUGGCUAUCGAAUCCGAUAGACUUGUAGAGCAGGAAUCCGAGAAUCUAGUAGCUCUUGAGGAUCAGCCAGUUGAGCAAGUAUUAGAAGUAACCACAGCUAGUGAGCAAGAUAUCAAUGGGGAAGCGAAAGAUACUGCUGCAGAUGUGGGUGAAACGAUUAAAGGUCCGAUCAAGAAAGUUCGAUCCAAGGCGAAACAGAUGGAAACCGAAAACGGCGAGCAACUAAGUCAACCACCGAUGAGUGGUGCGCCUUCCGAGAACGAUGUUGAUCGUAUCGCGAAAAAUAAGAAGGGAAAGAAAGUUCAACAAAAGAUAGCAGUUGAAGAAAAACCGGUUGAACAAAGGACAGAAGAACCAAUGAAUGUUGAACAAGAAACUAUUGGAGAGAGCCAACAUAAUCCUGCGGUAGAUGAACCGAAGAAGAAGGCUCGACCAAAAGCAAAACAAGUGGCGGCAGAAGUUGUUGAAUCGACGCAUGAAAAGAAUUCCCAGAGCAGUGAUACUCAUGAAGACAAUGCAAACCGUGUUUCGAAACAUAAGGUUAAGCAAACACACAAGAAAGUAACACAAGAGAACAAACCAGUUGAGCAAAUGUCGGAAGAACCAAUGAAUAUCGAACAGGGAACUGCUGUAGAGAGCCAGAAUAUUCCAAGGGAGGAUGACCCACCGAAGAAGACUCGUACGAAAGCGAAACCAGUGGCGGCCGAAAUUGCUGAAUCCACGGGCGAAAAGAAUUCCCAGUGCAGCGAAGACAAUGCUAACCGUGUUUCGAAACAUAAGGGUAAUCAAACACAUAAGAAAACAACACCAGAAGACAAACCAGUUGAGCAAAUACCAGAAGAACCAAUGAAUACGGAACAGGGAGCUACUGUGGAGAGGAUGGAUAUUCCAGCGGAAGAUGAGCCACCGAAGAAGACUCGAUCAAAAGCCAAACCAGCAGUGACAGAUGUUGCGGAAUCCACGGACGAAAAGAGUACUCGUGAAGAUAAUCGGGCUUUGCCAACUAAGAUUAAGCAAACACACACAAAAAUUACACAAGAAGACAAACCAGUUGAACAAAUGCCAGAAGAACCACUAAAUAUGCAACCGGAAACUCCUGUGGAAGAUGAGCCGGUGAAGAAGAUUCGAUCGAAAGUUAAACAAGUUGAGUCAGAGGUUGCCAAACCUACGAGUGAGAAGAUUGUACAGAGCAGCGAUACUCGUGAAAACAAUGCAAACCGUGUUUCGAAAAAUAAAAUUAAGCAAAUACCGAGAAAAAUAUCUCGAGAAGACAAACCAGUUGAGAAAACUCCUGAUGAACCAGUGAAUACGGAACAGGGAGCUUCUGUGGAGAGGAUGGAUAUCGCUGCGGGAGAAGAGCCGACCAAGAAGACUCGAUCAAAGCCCAAACAAACAGUGACAGAGGUUGCUGAGCCCACGGCGGAUGAGAAGAAUGCCCAGAGUACUCGCGAAGACCGUACUUCGAAAAAUAAAAUUAAGCAAACACAUAGAAAAUUAACACCAGAAGACAAACCAGUUAAGCAAAUGCCAGAAGAACAAACGCACAUCGGCUUAGGAACGAACGCGGUGACGAACGAUAAUGUUGUGGUGGAAGGAAGUAAAGCAACUAGUACGAUCAACGAUCCACCGAAAAAGAGUCGAUCCAAAGCCAAGCAAACGAUAGUCGAAAGUAGUGUAAAUCAGAAGAACGAUGUCAACCUACUGUCCCAGAACCUAAAUGAUUUGCGAAUGCAACCAGUAGUAAUACUUGAGGCUAAAUCAAUUGAACAAUUGUUAGAAGAAUCGCAGUGCUCUCAGCUGGAAACCGACGAUGAAGUGGAAGAAGCUCAAACUGAAACGAAGGAGACUCGAUUCAAGUCGAAACCUAUGGAGAUCGAAAGUGGAAAGCAAGCGGAUCCUACUGAUAGUGAGCCGGCAGUGAAACAUAAAAAUGUUAAGAAAGCUCAGCCAAAAUUACCACAAGAGGAUAAACCCGUUGAGCAACUGCCAGAACAUCGAACGGAUAUCGAACAGAGAACUGUUGAAGACGAGCCAAAGAAAAAGACUCGUACAAAAGUCAAACAGAUAACGCCGGAAACUGCGGAACCCUCGGGUCCAAAGGAUAACAUGGGUUCUCAACGUAGCGAUAGUAUUGAGGACAAAAAUAAAAAGGUUCCAAUUGUUCCGAAUCAAGAUAAGGCUGUAGAAGGAAAAGCAAAGAUUCGAUUGAAAGCCAAACAAACGGCGGCAGUCGAAUGCAAUGAUCCAGCUGGGAACGAUGUAAAUCUGGUGUCACGGAACAAAGUGGAUAAGGAAAAGGCAAAACCGCUUGGGGAUAAGCUAUCAGAAGAAACAGGAGGAGAACCGACUAAAAAAUCUCAACCCAAGGUUCAACAAACAGAAACCGUAAAUGGAGAGCAGUUGGAUAGCCAACGGGAUCCUACAGGAAGCGAACCAUCGUCCGACAACGAUGUUAAUCGUGUAAGGAAAUUGAAGAAGGGCAAGAAAGCGCAACAAAAAGUAACACUUGAAGAAAAAUCAGUUGAGCAAACGUCCGAAGAACCGAUGGACGGUGAGCUAAGAACUGAUGAGGAAAGGAAGAAGACUCGAUCCAAAGCCAAACAGACGGCAGUACAAAGCAAUGAUCCGGCAGAAAACGAUGUGAAUCGAGAGUCGGAAAAUCAAAUUACUAAGCAAACGCAACAACAAAUCUCACAACCACUUGAACAAAAAAUGGGCAACGAUUUGGUGACGGAUUCGGAACCGAAUCAGAUCGCUACGCAGGAAAAAGAGCUAGUACGCGUACCGGAGAAGAAGAAACGAUUAAGAGGUAAGCUGGUAUCAACCGAAAGUGAUGUUGAACCGGUCGGACAGGAUAACAGAAAAGGCAAGCGAUUACCACCAAAACCAGUUGAACCAAAUCUAAGCGAUACAUUUACGAUCGAGCUAGGAACAGAUGCAGAUAUACCUUGCACUCCCGCCGAGGAAGCAAUUCACGUUCCCAAGAGGUCUCGAUCACGGCAACCAAGCGUACACGAGACCAUCGUGGUUCAGCAGAACGCACAAAAUGAAACGGAUGAUGCUACGGAACACGAUCAAAGUCAAGUGGAAAGCUUGCUUAACGGAAUGGAACUUUCGAUUAUACUGGAAAAAUUGGAAUCACCGAUCCGAAGUACAAAAAAUAAAAUGUCUAAAGUAACCAAAACAGUGGACGAGCCAAAGUCGGAUACAGAACCCAUUCCAAAAGUGGACGGUAAAUUGAUCAAACAACGAGGAAGACCUGCUAAAAAGCUAGCACAACCAACGGCGACUGAGAGUGCUGUUCCUGCACAACCGGACGAGCAGGCCUCCGAAGGGCAUUUCGAAAAUGGAUCAUUGCACGUGAGUAGUGCUCAAUCAAAGUCCGCUGGGCCGGUAUCGGUGAUUUACUCAAGGCGACAUUCGAUCAAUUCGGAAUCGGAAACAGAUCGCGAAUCGCAUAGUUCAGAUAUACACAAGUUGGCCGCCCGAUUGGAAGAGAAGCGGGCCCAAGCGAAGCAUCCGAAGGGCCGUGAACCAAACAGCAAAACAUCCGGUGAACGGUUUCCUGUUGUGGAUCGGAAUGAAGCUGUCGAGGUCGUGGUAAACGUCAUACCACAGACUCACUUCCAAGAUGUGAUGAUUGGUGCAAGUGUCCGGAAUCAUCGCGAUACACCGGAAAGCGGAGAAUCGGACUUUGCCGGUUUCGAUAUCGAACCAGCCGUUCCACCUACGAAACCCCAGCGAGGGAGACCGAGAAAGAACUCCGUUCCAGCGCCCAAGGACCCCGUUCCGCCAGCGAGUGAGAUUCUGGCCAGUGUUGAACUGAUGCAGAAGAAACGAAAGUUACGAAGCUCUACCCAUGAAAAGAUUGACCCCGAAGAAAAACCUCCCGAUGAGAGCUCCUCACUGCCUUCGCUGGAACCACUCGGCGGUGGCCUACCUAGCAGCGUGACCAGUAUUCUGGGCGAAAAUCCACCUCUACUCAUUCCCGUAACUCCACGACUAAGAUUAGAAGAAUAUCAGAACCGAAGCGGCAAAUCGCUACGCAAUAAGAGAAAGUUCAUGACCGUACAUCUUGAUUCUUUUAAACCAAAACACGUUCCGCGUUAUUUGCGCGAUUAUGAUGAAGAUCUAGACACAACGUGGCGACCUACUAAAGUUAAGAAACUAAAGGAAACACCGGCUGAAGUUCGAACUCAUGUGGAUCAAGGCGGAGACAGUGGCAACGGCAGUGAAGAUGAAGAACCUGUGCGCCGCAGUGGCAGGAAUCGACGUCUCGCGACACAGGUUCUCAUGACCAAUCCGCUGGUUAAGUCGGCUUUCGACGAACCUAACUAUCGGCCACUAUCGAUUGAAGAGAUUGUCAAAGCUGAAGUUUUGGCACGGGAAAUUAGACAGAAGGAAAAACACCGAUGGAGAAAGAUUCGCAAGGCGCCGGUGAAAAGAACUAAGACCAUCGAUCGUGAAGCAGCAUCAACGUCCAUAGAAAGCCGGAAAAGAAUACAGGUUGAUCCACCAGAGGGAUCGAAUGAGCAGACGGCUGCAAAGAAAACUUGUCCUGAUCCCACCGUGGACGUGGUGGAGCCGUCUACUUCUACGACUCAUUCUACUGCAGAAAGUAGCAGUCAACCUUCCAGUGCACCGGAAAUCAUUGCCCAGGAGAAACAGAAGGCAGAAUGUUGGUUAAUGAAACUGAUGGCGGGAACUCAUGCGCCCAACGAUCGACUUCCGGUCGAUCCGAUAGCGGGUGGCGUUAUGCAUUUCACGCUAGACCAUCUCAACUUCCAGGAACGCAAUGGAAUUCAGUAUUCAUUCUUCGCUUACUCCGAACGCGAAAACUGUGGUUUUCUACGGUUCUCGGUGGGCGCGGUCAAAAAGUUGACCAAAACAGCGAACUUUCAGCUUAAAUUCCUGAUUCUCAGAGGAGCACUGCAGUUUACAGUAAACGGCAAAGAGAUGCAUACGAAAGGGGGUGAUUUUCUUAUGCUCCCAGAAAAUUCGAAAUAUAGUAUAAAAAAUAGUGAUGAGAUUUCUCUCGUAUUUAUGAUCAAGGUUCCGACGGUGUAACGCCUGUAUAGUUUACAUCACGUAACAGAAAUAGUUCACCUAACCGCAUUACUAAAGCUUAGAAAAUAGAUAUUUAGACAGAUUUUAGUAGAGUAUGAUAAAGUUUUUGUAUGCUUAAUUUUGCUCAUCCUUGUACAGAUAAUUCGAACCCGUAACUAGUACCAUGAUAAAAUGCAUUGGAUGUAUAUUUUUAUUUAGUUUA